AAAGAGGCUGACGCCAUUUUGUUGUGCGAAGUUAUCAAUCUUGAGACAUAUUCUUGCUGAAAACGCCUUCAAAAUGUCUGCUCACGAGCAGAUGAAGGCGAUGCUUGACCAGCUGAUGGGUACAGGCAGAGAUGGAGAGAACAACAAGUACAAAGUGAGGUUUGAUGAUCCUAAAGUCUGCAAGAGUUUCCUUCUCAGUUGCUGCCCUCAUGACAUUCUAGCCAGUACACGUAUGGAUCUUGGAGAAUGUUCCAGCAUACAUGACCUGGCUUUGAGAGCUGAUUAUGAGAAAGCGUCUAAGUCCCAGGAUUACUACUUCGACAUAGAUGCUAUGGAGCAUCUAUCUAAUUUCAUAGGAGAAUGUGACAAGAGGACUGAACAAGCUAAGAGGCGACUCAAGGAAACACAAGAAGAACUCACUGAUGAGGGAUCACUGAAGGCUGACAUCAUUCAUGCUCUUGGUGAACAAAUUGGUACAAAGAUGGCCAGAGCAGAGGAGUUGGGAGCCCAAGGUAAUGUUGAAGAGUCUAUGAAGAUCAUGGAAGAGAUGGAGGAACUAAAGAAACAGAAAACACAGGCUGAGGAGUACAGAAACUCUAUGCCUGCCUCCACAUAUCAGCAGCAAAAACUGAGGGUGUGUGAGAUAUGCUCUGCCUAUCUGGGUAUCCACGACAAUGAUCGUCGAUUGGCAGAUCACUUUGGUGGAAAGCUCCAUCUUGGAUUUAUUGAGAUCAGAGAAAAACUGGCCAAGUUGAAGGAGAAAGUUGCAGAUCGUCGUCUCCAACGUGAAAUGGAACGUGAACAGCGAAAGCUUGAACGUGAAGCAGAGGAUGAACGUAGAAAAGCUGAGCGGUCACGAUCCAGAAGUCGCAGCAAAAGUAAGAGACGUCGCAGUCGGAGCCGAAGUAGAUCUAGGAGUCGUAAGCAUCGUAGCAGGAGUCGUAGUAAAGAUCGACAUCGUAGAAAGAGAAGUAGAAGUCGUAGUCGUGAUAGACGGCGAAGAAGUCGCAGCAGAGACCGCAGAAGAAGGUCAAGGUCACGAGACAGACGUAGAAGGUCAAGGUCACGUUCAAGAAGCAGACGUCAUCGUUCAAGAUCAAGAUCUAAACACUCCAGAAGGUCAAGGUCGAGGGAUCGGAAAAGAGAAGCAACUCCUGAUAAACCGGAACAAGACAUUGAAUCUGAGAACCAAGAAGCCCCAUCCAGCUCUGAUGUUGCCGAGUCUGGGUGGUCUGUAGUGGAGAAUGGAAGCACUGCAGAGUAGACUUAAUGUCAAAACUACAGAGACAAAUCAAACCUCUUUAGUGGGGAAUGUACAACUACAUGAAAUAUGGAAUAUCAAACUGUCCUGAAAGCCCAUUCAUGUCAAGUCAUCUGAGCGUUGUUCAUAAAGGAGCUGGUGUAAAGUGUAUUCCAGAUUUAUUUGUCUUCUAUUUUUCUAUGGAUCGGAUAUAAUUGAAUUUCUUAAGUUAGAGCAGUGAUGGCAUAUUAAGCUAGACAUGUGUGUUGUGACUUUAUUUUAUAAACUGGAACGAUGCAAUGUGAAUACUAAGGUACAACAGAACAAGGGAAGCAUCUUAGUUCCUGGUCAGCACUUCUACACUUCAAUAUGCAUUAUUCCCAUCAGCUCUUUCAUUCAAUUUAUUAGAAGCUUCAUAAAAAACAUGCAUUAAUGAUGAGAUGAGUUUUUAAACCAAUCAGUAGUUCAUGGUGGCAGCGUACAAGCCUAUGAUUGUGUAUACGAUUGAAGUAGGCAAACUAUUGAUCCAAUUAUCUAUCUCAAGGAGCAUUACCUCACAAAUCUUGACUACUAAGAUGCCAAAGUUGUCAUUAACUUGAUUACAACAUUUUUUUAGUUUACAUUGUCAGUGCCAGACUGGAUUGAUAGGAAAAGUUGUCCCCGUGGUCAAAGGACCAUUUUGCAUGAGGACAGUGAUCCAUGGGGACCAUUUUUUCUAUUUCAAUAUGAGUGCAUGUGGGGUAAAUCUUACCUGUUUAUCGUUUUAGAAACCUUCAACAUAAGUUACUUUGAAAUGAUCUUGUCCGUGUAUUCAAGGAUAUCUUGCAGUUAAUGUAAUUUAAAAUGAAUGAACUACAAUUCUUGUAAUGGUAUUUACUGAAAUUUUCUUUUAGAAAUUAUUUCACAAUUUUUCAUAUAAAUAUGAAUUUUAUGAAAAAUUUUGAGGAGAAAUCGCAAGAUUUCUAUUAAUUGAAGUCAGUAUAUUGACAGAUUACAUUGACUGUAUGUAUUAAACUUGUCUGCUAUUAAUAAAUGAAUAUAGUGAGUUGAAUUCGUGUAAAAAAAUCCAAAUUGUAUAUUAUGUCAUAAAGUACAAACUUAAAUACCUUUACUAUGAAUAAAAAUAAUGUAGAAUGAAAAAACUAC